AUGGCUGCGAAGGGCGCGUACGGCUCCCACCUGAAGAUUGAGAGCGAGCUGGAGCGCUGCCGCGCCGAGGGCCACUGGGACCGCAUGCCCGAGCUGGUUCGGCAGAUGCAGGCGCUAGUCAUGCUGGGUGGCGGAGGCGGCCGGCGAGGCAGCCCGAGCGCUGGGUUCACCUCUCUGGACACCGAUGACUUGGGGAAAUUGCUCCUGGCCGAGGCCCUCCUAGAGCAGUGUUUGAAGGGGAACCAUGCCGCGAUAAAAGACUCCAUCCCUCUGCUGGAGAAGAAUGAGCCGAAGAUGAAUGAAGCCAGAAACCACCUAAGCAGCAUCCUUAACCACGGGAAGCUGCCGCCGCAGUAUCUGUGUGAGGCCAUGCUGAUCCUGGGCAAGCUGCACUACGUGGAAGGCUCAUAUCGAGAUGCCAUCAGCAUGUACGCACGGGCUGGCAUUGAUGACAUGUCCAUGGAGAACAAGCCCCUGUAUCAGAUGCGGCUGCUGGCAGAGGCCUUUGUCAUUAAAGGCCUCUCCCUGGAACGCCUGCCCAACUCCAUUGCCUCCCGCCCCCGCCUGACUGAGAGGGAGGAGGAAGUGAUCACCUGUUUUGAGAGAGCCUCCUGGAUCGCUCAGGUGUUCCUGCAGGAAUUGGAGAAGGUCACAAGUAACACCACAUCCCGGCACCUGAAAGGCUCGCACCCGGUCGACUACGAGCUCACCUACUUCCUGGAAGCCGCCCUCCAGAGCGCUUAUGUGACGAACCUGAAGAAGGGGAACAUUGUGAAAGGCAUGAGAGAGCUCCGGGAGGUACUACGCACUGUGGAGACCAAAGCAACUCAGAACUUCAAAGUGAUGGCCGCCAAGCACCUGGCUGGGGUCCUGCUGCACUCCCUGAGCGAGGAGUGCUACUGGAGCCCCCUGUCUCAGCCUCUGCCCGAGUUCAUGAGCAAGGAGGAGAAUUCCUUCAUCACGCAGGCCCUGCGGAAACCUCACCUCUACGAAGGAGACAACCUCUACUGCCCGAAGGAUAACAUUGAGGAAGCCCUGCUGCUGCUGCUCAUCAGUGAGUCCAUGGCCACUCGGGAUGUGGUGCUGAGCCGGGCACCAGAGCAGGAGCAGGACCGGGCGGUGAGCCUGCAGAAUGCAGCGGCCAUCUAUGACCUGCUGAGCAUCACGCUGGGCAGGCGGGGCCAGUAUGUCAUGCUCUCCGAGUGCCUGGAGCGAGCCAUGAAGUUUGCGUUCGGAGAAUUUCACCUCUGGUACCAGGUGGCCCUGUCCAUGGUAGCCUGCGGGAAGUCAUCCUACGCUGUGUCACUGCUGCGGGAGUGCAUGAAGCUGCGGCCCUCAGACCCCACCGUGCCCCUGAUGGCCGCCAAGGUCUGCAUCGGGUCCCUGCAUUGGCUGGAGGAGGCAGAGCGCUUUGCCAUGAUGGUUAUCCAUCUUGGGGAAGAAGCCGGGGACUUCCUCUCCAAGGGCUACCUGGCACUGGGUCUAACCUACAGCCUGCAGGCCACCGACGCGACUCUGAAAUCCAAGCAAGAUGAGCUGCACCGGAAAGCACUGCAGACGCUGGAGAGAGCCCAACAGCUGGCGCCCGGUGACCCCCAGGUCAUCCUCUAUGUCUCCCUGCAGCUGGCCCUCGUCCGCCAGAUCUCCAGCGCCAUGGAGCAGCUGCAGGAGGCCCUGAAAGUGUGCAAGGAUGACGCCAACGCCCUCCAUCUGCUGGCGCUCCUCUUCUCCGCCCAAAAACACUACCAGCACGCCCUGGAUGUUAUCAACAUGGCCAUCACGGAGUACCCUGAGAACUUCAACCUGAUGUUCACCAAGGUGAAGCUGGAGCAGGUCCUGAAAGGCCCAGAGGAAGCCCUGGUGACCUGUAGACAGAUGCUGCGACUGUGGCAGACCCUGUUCAGCUUCUCCCAGCUGGGGGGCCUGGAAAAGGAUGGCAGCCUCGGCGAGGGCCUCACGCUGAAGAAACAGAGUGGCAUGCACUUGACUCUGCCCGACGCCCAUGAUGCAGAUUCUGGCUCUCGGCGGGCAUCAUCCAUUGCUGCCUCCCGGCUGGAGGAGGCCAUGUCAGAGCUGACCGUGCCCAGCUCGGUCCUGAAGCAGGGCCCCAUGCAGUUGUGGACCACUCUGGAACAGAUCUGGCUCCAGGCUGCCGAGCUGUUCAUGGAGCAGCAGCACCUCAAGGAAGCGGGCUUCUGCAUCCAGGAGGCGGCGGGCCUCUUUCCCACCUCACAUUCCGUGCUCUACAUGCGGGGCCGGCUGGCCGAGAUGAGGGGCAGGUUGGAGGAGGCCAAGCAGCUGUACAAGGAGGCGCUCACGGUGAACCCCGACGGCGUGCGUAUCAUGCACAGCCUGGGUCUCAUGCUGAGUCGGCUGGGCCAUCAGAGCCUGGCCCAUAAGGUGCUGCGGGACGCCGUGGAGAGGCAGAGCACAUGCCACGAGGCGUGGCAAGGCCUGGGCGAGGUGCUGCAAGCCCAGGGCCAGAGCGAGGCCGCUGCUGACUGCUUUCUCACCGCCCUCGAGCUGGAGGCCAGCAGCCCUGUGCUGCCCUUCUCCAUCAUCCCCAGAGAGCUCUGA